AUGUGGUGCCAGAGUGGUGCCCCGGCACAGGGUGCUUCUGUUGCCUCCCCGUUAUCAACAGCACUUCUUACUGCCAAUGAUUGCACAAUUGCAUUAAUUGUGUCGGAUAAGCCUCGGUACAUUAACAACUACAUCGCUACCAACAAAUAUGUCAACUGGCACAUCAACAAGUACGCCAAUAUCAUCAAGUACAUCAAUAAGUACAUCGACAACAAGUACAUUAACAAAUACAUCUGUGACAAUACCUCAACAAAAUCAACAAGUACAUCAACAAGUACAUUAACAAGUACGUCGACAUCAACAAGUACAUCAACAAGUACAUUAACAAGUACGUCGACAUCAACAAGUACAUCAACAAGUACGUCAACAUCAACAAGUACAUCAACAAGUACAUCAACAAGUACAUCAACAAGUACAUUAACAAGUACGUCAACAUUAACAAGUACAUCAACAAGUACAUCAACAAGUACGUCGACAUCAACAAGUACAUCAACAAGUACAUCAACAAGUACGUCAACAUCAACAAGUAAGUUAAAAAGCACAUCAACAUCAACAAGUACAUCAGCAAGGACACCAAGUACAUCAACAAGUACAUCAAUAAGCACAUCAGCAGCAUCACACAUCAAUACCAUCCACAACAACAAGCACUUCAGCAUCUACAAGCACAUCAUCUACAACAAGCACAUCAACAAUCAUAUCAACAUCUACAACAAGCACAUCGAUAUUAACUACAACAAGCACAUCAACAUUAUCUACAACAAGCACAUCAACGAUUAUAUCAACGUCUACAAGCACAUCAACAUUCAUAACAUCUACAAGCACAUCAGCAUCACCUACAACAAGUACAUCAACGAUCAUAACAUCUACAAGUACAUCAACAAUCAUAACAUCUACAAGCACAUCAACAUUAUCUACAACAAGCACAUCAACAAUCAUAACAUCUACAAGCACAUCAACAUCACCUACAACAAGUACAUCAACGAUCAUAACAUCUACAAGCACAUCAACAUUAUCUACAACAAGCACAUCAACAAUCAUAACAUCUACAAGCACAACAGCAUCACCUACAACAAGCACAUCAGUCAUAUCAUCAACAAGCACAACAACAAUCAUAACAUCUACAAGCACAUCAGCAUCACCUACAACAAGCACAUCAACAAUCAUACCAUCAACAAGCACGUCAUCAGCAUCAACUUCAUCUACAACAACAAUUACAACAGGUACACCGUCAAAACCAGCAACUCGUACAUCAAUAUUAAAAAUAAAAAGCAUAUUUACUUCAGUUGCAAGUACACUAACACCUUACAGGUACAGGUAGAUUCAAGUCGACUUACCCACAGAAUCACCGCAUUCACCGACCACCUCGUCUCCCACAGCAAUAACCUCAUCUACGACCACGUCAACAAGUACUACGGCGUAUUUACAACAAGCACAUCAACCACUACAUCAACAACUACGUCAACAACUACAACCACCACCACAACAAGCACAACAACUGCAACUACCACAACGAGUACAUCAACAACUACGUCAACAAGUAAAACAAGUACAUCUACUACGACAACAAGAAGCACAAGUACAUCAGCAGCAUCAAGUACGCAGUCAACCUCAUCAAGUACAGCAACGAGCACCUCAACAAGUACAGCAAGCACAAGUACACAGAUAAGUACAUCAUCAACAAGUACACCAUCAACAACGACUUCAUCAAGCACAACGACAGCGUUAAUUACAAGCUCAAGUGCAAGAACUUUCACCUCUUCAAGCAGCACAGCCUCGCCAAUGACUACAUCUACAAGUACAACCAUAUCUUCAACCACAACAACAAAUGGUGGCUCGUGCCCCCAAACAGCUGAGUGCGCUUUUGUGAAUGGAAGAUGCAACAUCAGCUGUGGGUCGAACGAACAGGCACUGUCCGAAUGCGUGAGAGGAUGCUCGUGUUGCGUUGCUUCCGACCUGUGCGCCACCACCACAGCCGAUUGCGGAGCCGUCGGCGGGUUGUGCACUCUGCCCAGACCCGACCUUGCUCUGUCCUGUGACACCAUUGACCUGACGCGGUGCCCCGGUUGUGCCUGUUGUAUUGACUGCCAGCAGCAGACGGACGCCACCUGCAGCAGCCAGUAUAACGGAAAAUGCAAGAAGACCUGUGGCUCAACCGAAUUGCAAACAGGCGAGUGCCAAGAAGGCUGCAAUUGCUGUGGUUGCCGGACUACGAACAGAUGCAGCAGUCUUGGUGGACAAUGCGUAGCUAGCAUUAGCGACUGUCAGGGUUUGACGAUCAAGGACGAGUGCACAGGAGACAGCUGUUUCUGCUGUCUACCAGACACCCCCUGCAGCUGGAGCACUCCGAGAUGCGCCCAGAUAUCCGGUCGCUGUGCCCCGUCGUGCAGCAGCGGGGAAAUCGCGCUCGCUGGCAUUUGCGGGAGCGAUUCCUGUGUGUGCUGUACCUCCAGUGAGUCUCGCGUGGCUUUAGUGUCAAGCCAAAACCAGUGCAGCGCCAGUUCCCUCUGCUCCAAGCUAGGAGGCAGCUGCGAACAGGGAUGCCCGAGCUUUGUCACCUCCAUUGACGAUCUUUGCCCUGGAGAUCAGUGUUCCUGUUGCAUCUACCUGGCACCUGCGGCUCGGGGGAUUCCGCCGUGGGAUGGGGAAUGGGACAACAAAGAAAUGAGGGAAAUGCAGAGUCGCUUGGUGCAGCUCCAAGAUCAUCAACGAGAGCUCAAGAACAGCAGCAUAAAGUCUAUGCACCAAACAACCAACAGAUACUAG